AUGGACCAACAGAUUUUGCAGGCUGUGGACAUCGCGUCGAGCGCCUCGGCAGACGCCCAGCUCAAGCAGCAGGCGCUUGACUUCAUUUCCCAGAUCAAGGAUUCUCCAGACGGCUGGCAGCAGUGUUUGAAUCUGCUCACUCCGAACGCCCAGCUUUCUCCGAACGUCAAGUUUUUCGUUUUCCAGGUUCUGGAUGCCAGGCUCCCAUUUAUGACCGAUUCCGACAAGAUCACCGUCAAGGACUAUCUGUUUGUCUAUCUCAAGAGUCUGGUCGAUUCCAACACCGUGGAACCCGCUUUUCUGAGAAACGCCCUUUCCAAAACAUUCGGAAUCCUCUUCAGCUAUGCCACACUCACAUGUUACCCAUCGUUAAUUAAGGACCUAAUUUCGCUAGCACAGCCGGGAGGAACUUUCAACGAGCUGGCGACCGACUACUAUCUGCGUGUUUUGCUGGUCAUCCAUCAAGAGAUAGGAGAUCAAACCAUCGCUCGAGAACGUGAACACCAUGAAAGAAGUAACCUCCUCAAAGAUUCCAUCAGAGCCAACGACAUGGUGCUCAUGACUGAGUCCUGGAAAAACAUACUGAAAACCUACUCCAACCCAGACACACAGCUGAAGUCAGAUAUUAUAAACAACACCAUUCACUGCAUUGGUGAGUACAUUUCGUGGAUUGAGAUCAAUCUGAUUCUCGAACAGGAAUACCUGGGAUUGUUGUACCAGUUCCUGGCAAGUCCAAACACCCAACACAAGAUCACUACGGCCGGGUGUUUGAACGAGAUCUUGCACAAGAAAAUGGCCCCAAUUAAGAAACUGGAACUUAUCAAUUUCCUUGACUUAUCCAGUGUUCUGAGUCAGAUGGAUUCUAAAGCCAAAGACGCAGACUUUGACGUCAACAUCGCGUUUGCCAAGCUGGUGGAGAACAUCGGGUCUGAACUUGUCAACGUUCUAGACUCCAGUUCUAACGAAGAACUCGCAAACGCAGACUUCAAAAACCUCACCAUCAGAAAGAUCUUGGACAUUUUCCCUCUUGUUUUCGAUUAUCUGGAGAACGAGUACGACGACGUUGCGCUCGAGAUUUUUCCAUUCAUCGGUAACUUCUUGUUGUUCCUGAAGAAAAACAUCACCAAUGAACAAAUUGACUUUUCGUACCUCACCAGCGAUGAGCUACUCACUACACUUUUGAAGAAAAUCAUCAUGAGAAAGAGGUUUGACGAAGACGACGAUGGAACAGAAGACGAAUCCAUUGAACAGUUCCAGGAAGUCAGAAAUAAGUUGAAUUCUUUCCAUGAUUCCAUUGUGAUAUUAAACGAAACUUUAGCAUUAGAAGUCAUGAUUACCUGCAUUAACGAGUCGCUAUUUAACUCAAACUCUAAUUGGCAUACAAUCGAACUUGGAAUGCAUGAACUUAGUCACUACAGCGAGAUCCUGCGUAACAACGUCAUGAAUCUCCCAAAAACUAUGAUCAACAACUCCAGACCAUACUUUGUCUUCAAUGAGAUGCUCUGCAAGGUUAUCGAUGGAUCCACCACUUUCCUCGUGAGCCAUUCUCUGAUUCAAUUGCUUUUCUUCGAACUCGUUUUGAAGCACUAUACAUUCUUCACAAACAGCAAUAUCCAAGUGGAAGGUGUCAAUAAGGAAGAAAUUCUGCUCAAAGUCCUCAAGAUCUUUGUUUCCAACUUUGGCGUGUUCAGCGAUAACGAAAAGGUCAAGUACCGUUCCUGGUACCUGUUCUACAGAUUCAUCAAGUUGACCAAGCCUUCCGUGGACGAUUACAUUUAUGAGGAACUAAUUAGAAGUUUGCUUCCUCUUCUCAGCUUUGAUUUCGAGGUCACCAACAAUGCCAAAAUCUCCAAUGAUAUCGAUCUUGGUGUUGUUGAGACAAACGGCAGCUUUGAACACCAGCUGUACUUGUUCGAGUCUCUUGGAUUGUUGAUCACCUUGAUCAAAAAACCUGAGCAACGGGUGGCUACUUUCGAAUCAGUUUUGCAGCCACUAUUUUCCAACCUGGAAAAAUGUAUCAACAACCUUUCCCAGCUUACACUGAGCGUCGUGGUGCAAGUCCACCACUCUCUGGUUUCCAUUGGAACAAUUCUCAAAGGAUUUGAGAGUCUCCAUGUACAGGAGUUUGAUGAAAAGUUUGUUGCUCUGUUACAACAGAUCUCUCAAGUCGUGUUGAUCACUCUGGAAAACUUCCUGAACUUCAACAUUGUCAGAGAGGCGUCUGAGUUCUGUGUGGUGAGACUGUUCAUUUUGCUCGUGAAAACUCCAUCCGCCGCUCUUGAGGAGGUGUUGUCCAAGUUCAUCUCGAUUGUGAUGAUGAACUUUGACAAGUUGAAGCUGCAAGAGAUCAACAAUUUCCUCAACUUCCUGGGCCAGGUGAUGCACCAUUGUUGCAAGUCACAGCCGGUCUACCUGCUGCUGAACUCGUUGCUGACCCCGCUGAUUUCCAAGGUGAUUUCGCGUAUUGAAACUGAAUCUGCUGCCGCGCAGGACGAUUUCAUCAAAAGAGACAUCUUGGACACGCAAAAGAGCUUCAUCUCGUUGCUCAUCUCGAUGUACAGUGACCAUGUGAGCUCCUUGUGGCUCACCAAUGAGAACAAGCCUGCACUGGUCAAUGUGAUCAAUCUGAUGUUCAACUACAUCUACAACUACCAAAGUAACGAUCUUUCUUUGGUCAAGGUUGCGAUCACAUGUAUCAACUCGCUACUCACGGGUGUCGGAUUAGGAAGAGUCACGGACCCAGAAGAUGUGUUCAAGACCGAUUCCAACAUGUUCGAGGAGGCCAAUCAGCUGCUUGUCACCAACGCUCUCUUACUCUCAUGCGAGAUGAGUUUCAAAAUGAAACGUGAGUUGCUCAACGAUGCACAAUACCGCAACAGCAUUUUGCUGGAGGUGAUCCGUACCAUGAAGGCUGCCUGUUUCAUGGGAUACGAGCUACCGGACGGCCAGGUGAAUCGUAAGAAUAAAACCAUCAGAUUCAACGAGAUGAUGGUGGAGCAACUGCGCGCACUUCUGGUGUCUAGCAUGGAUUUCCCAGCUAACCUGGCUCAGGAUUUUGUUGAGAAGCUUGUCGAAUUGAGCGAUAGACAAUUCCUCAAAUACCUGAUCCAGUUGAUCGAUAAGAUGUAA